AGAAGGAGGAGGAGUAAGGAGUGAGUGAGUGAGAGAGGAGCGCGAGGAUGGAGCGCAUGGAGUCCAUGGAGCCGAUCUCCACUCACUACACCACGGAUUAUCCCGAGAUUCAGCCCGAGCGCGAGGACCAGGACAGAACUCCGCCCUCAGCUCCGCAGACUUACGACGAGGAUUUAGUUCACAAGACGAUCCUGGUCGGGGACAGCGGCGUGGGAAAAACCUCUCUGCUGGUGCAGUUUGAUCAGGGAAAGUUCAUCCCCGGCUCGUUCUCUGCUACAGUCGGCAUCGGAUUCACAAACAAAGUUGUGAACGUGGACAACGUGAAGGUCAAACUCCAGAUCUGGGAUACGGCCGGACAGGAGCGCUUCAGAAGUGUGACACAUGCGUAUUACAGAGACGCUCACGCUUUGCUCCUCCUCUAUGACAUCACCAGCAAAUCAAGCUUUGACAACAUCAGAGCCUGGUUAACAGAGAUCCAUGAGUAUGCACAGAGCGAUGUGGUCAUCAUGUUGCUGGGCAACAAGGCCGACAUGAGCAGUGAGCGAGCGAUCAGGAGAGAUGAAGGAGAGAGGCUGGCCAGAGAAUAUUCUGUUCCUUUCAUGGAGACGAGUGCGAUGACUGGAGUUAAUGUCGAGCUGGCCUUCACUGCUGUGUCUAAAGAACUAAAACACCGAUCUGUGCGACAUCCCAGUGAACCCAAGUUCCAGAUCCACGAGUACAUCGAAGCACGGAAGGAGAAGUCGAGCUGCUGCAGCUACUUUUAAAAACGAGCCCUAACAUGCACUGCUGAUGAAAGCCAACAGGGGGCGCUGCUCUCCGGAGUUUCUCCCCGACUUUGCUGCAAACAUCGUGCGACAGAAUGAGACGGAACCAAACACUGUGUUGAGGAUUAAAAUGAAAAAGUUUGUCUUGUUUUAUAAAAACUUGUUCUGAUGUUGACGAAAACGUUGCGACGCAGCUGCAGAAACUCGUGACCGUGUGAUUGUUCGUCCAGUUUUCUUCUUGUUAAAGGUCCAGUGUGUGAGGGUUAGUGACACCUGCUGGUGAAACGACAGAGUUCACGCUUCUCUUUUCUAAAACCUCAGUGAACUACAGAGGCCUUUGUGUGCCAGAAAAGAUGUCAACACUGAUCUUUCCUUCUUCUUCUUCUUCUUCGUUGGUUUAUUCAUUAGGUUUAUGUGGGCGG